CCACACCUGCUGUUAUACCUUGGGUCUUCUGAUAAGGUGAAGCGCGUCACAAUGGACCAACACACGGAACAAUACCAGGAAGGGUCAGCUGAUGUCAGCCGGCGGUUGCCAUGGUCACGACACGUGUCAUGUGACCAGAAUUACCCAGAGUGCACCUGGGGUCCAGCUGAUGAAGAAGAAGAUGAAGAUGGUGGCAGCCAUGACCUGCGCACACUUCCUCUUUCUCUGGCGCUCAAGCGAGCUGUCAGCCAGGUGCAUCAGAGGCAGGUUCCUGUGGUCAGCAGCAGGAUGUCGUCCUGGACACAAAAGAAGAAGAAAUCCUUGACCAAAGUAAAGAAAAGUGGCAAAGAGUUGCUGAGCUGCUUGGUGCUGUGGAAGAAGUCUUUGCAACAAAUCGGAGGUAACUUUGGGGGCGGAGUCAAGUCCUACUUCCUGCUCCUGCGCUUCCUGGUGGUGCUUAACUUCCUGUCCUUUCUGCUGAUCGCUGCCUUUGUCCUGGGUCCCAGCGUUGUCUUCAGGUCCCGGGGCGGCGGCCCCGCAAACCACACAGGGCCUGAGGAAUGUUUGAAAUAUGAUCCCAGACCUCAAGGCUUGGUGCUCUUUUAUAACUACUUCCUGGACCUACUCUCUGGAACGGGCUUCGUGGAGUAUUCCUACGUCUUCUACGGUUACUAUGGCAACGCCAUGGCGGGGGACGGCGAGUUCUCCUACAACGUUCCUCUGGCGUUCCUCUUCACCGCCGUCUUCUACUUCGCCUUCUGUCUCGUCUGCAUCAUCGCUCGGACGGGCACGGCGGCCCGCGUCGCCGUGGCAACGGGAGGCAGCGCCGCGGGUGAAUACAGCAUGGUGGUGUUCACGGGCUGGGACUACGGUUGCCUGGGAGACCGCGCCACCAAGCUGAAGCAGAAGAACAUCCACUACAGACUGCAGGUGGACCUGGAGGAGGAAAUGAUGAAGAAGAGAGCAGCUUCUCUGACAACCAAUCAGAAGUGUCUCUUGUAUUUUCUGCGCAUAUUAAUGAGCCUUGUUGCCAUGGCGCUCAUCAUGGCCGCCUGUUACGCCAUUUUUGUCACCACCGUCUUCAGCCAGGGCAGGAGUGGAGACGAAGGCAUCUUGGCAGUGAUAGUGGAGUAUUUGCCCUCCAUGGUGAUCACGGCUGCUAACUUCCUGGUUCCUUUGGCCUGCGAUCAACUCGCCCUGGCUGAGAGAUAUCCUGCCAGCACCGCCGUCAUCCUGGCCCUCCUGAGGGCCGUGUUGCUGCGCCUGGUGAGUUUAGGUGUCCUGCUGUUCACCUUGUGGAGACAGAUCACCUGCCAGGUGGACAGGUCCAGGUGUCACUUGUGCCAGUACGACCACCAGGAGUACCCGUGCUGGGAAAGCCGAGUGGGCCAAGAAAUGUACAAGCUGACACUUUUCGAGCUGAUGGUGACCGUGGCCAUGGUGGUCUUGGUGGAGUCCCCUCGCAGGAUGCUGGCAGAUAACAGCUCCAACAAGAUGGCUCGCUGGCUCGGGCGCCAGGAGUUCGUGGUGUCCGCCAACGUGCUGAAUCUGGUGUACGGUCAGACCGUGGUCUGGACCGGGGCUCUCUUCUGCCCCCUGCUGCCCCUCAUCAACACCCUCAAGUUGGUCAUGGUCUUCUACUGUAAGAAGGUCACUCUCUUCUACAACUGUCGCCCCGCGCUCAAGACCUUCCGCUCCACCACCUCCACCUUCGUCUUCCUGGUGGUGCUCCUGGUUGGUUGGUCCAUGGCCUCCCUGGUGCUCAUCUACAGUGUGUCUCAGAUCCGUCCUUCAAUGGCGUGCGGGCCCUUCCGCUCCUUCACCUCCAUGUGGGCCAUCGUUCCCACCGUCUUCUAUCGCCUCUCUGACGUCACCAAGGACUUUCUCUUCUUUGUCGGCUCCCAGGCCUUCUCCAUCCCUCUCUUCGCUUUGUCUUGUGUGGCGAUGUGUUACUUCAUAGCUCUGUCUGCCGCGUAUGGAAGAAGUGUAACUUUGCUGCGAGCUCAACUCAAACAGGAGGGCCGGGACAAGCAGUUCUUGGUGCGGCAGAUUGAGAAAGUCAGUGGUCUACAUCACACGCCAACACUUUAACCAGCAACACACUUUUUCUUUGCCUUUUAUAUGUUAGGAUGUAGAAAAAAGUCUGAAUGAUUCCUUUGUGCGGGAGUUAGUCCCUUUUGAUUUGACCUGAAAACGGAGCAGCUCAGUCUAAUUGCCAAAGUAAACGCUCCUCUAUCCUGGUUAACAGUGCACCAUUGUCUAAAAAUGGGUAAUUUCCACUGUUGUUGUGUUACAUGCUAACCCCUACCCCCCUACCAAACUGUGCCUGCUCCCAUCACCUUGUAUUCUGUGUCAAAGGAGUCAAGCGCAUACCAUCCAUACUUGUUAAAAAUGUCACCCGUGUCUUUUCGAACUGCUCGAGCUUUUCAAAUAAAAUCUAAAAAAGA